GUUAAUCGAAAAAUCACCGGCUCGAUUAUAUAGCGAUUGAUGUAUCUCUAUUGUUUAAAAGUUUCAAUCAAAUGGGAAGAGAGCGCGCGAACUACCUUUUUAUUCGGUAUCGACACGUUUUGCUUCGAAUAGGUCGAUCGACAAAUUAAUUCCGAUGGUCGAGAUAGCGUAUAGGUAUCUGUCAUCCCUACCACCAUCGGUUUGCUACACGGACUCGUGCCGCCUGCCGCUUUCGAGCAAAGUUUUCGCGAGAUCCUGGAAACUGCGGGAGAUGCCACGGGUGUAGAGGGAGUACGCUCGAAGGAGGGUAGAAGGAAGGAACGUUUGCUGGUAGUCUGUGUACUCAUUCUCACGGGGUUCCCUUUUCAGCGGAUUCUAACCUACUAACGAGUUUGCUCCGUCGGUAACACCGGCACGCGUGCCGCCAACGUAAACGUGUCGCGUGCCCACCGGUGACACGCACAGUGGGAUGAGUGAGCUGGCGCGCCGCGCGAGAAAUGAUAGUCGUGAUAUGACUCGCGAUCGUAUCGAUCGUACUACGAGCGAUAAGAAACGCGAGCGGAUGUGAUAAACGAUUUUUAACGCGAAUCUCAUCGGCUCUUUUUACGAGCUCGUUAACAACAUCGUUGAGACGCUUUCCCGUUACGAGCGAUGUCAGCGAGCGAAAGUGGGAUGUAGCGUCAAGAAAGCACCUGGAAUUAAUCCCUGUUGACCGACGUCGUGUACGAGAGGAUCGGUGCCGGAUAACGCUGUUCGGAUGGAUGAUCAAAAAACGGCCACCGUAAUCCUUGCGACGGCGGCGGCGACGACGACGACGACGACGACGACGAUGACGACGACGACGACGACGAGGACGACGACGACAAGGAUGAGGAUGGCGUCGAAGAAGACUAGAAAGAACCAUUCGAUACAACAUCUUCUCGAAUUGCCAUCCAGUAGAGAAACAAAGCCAUCGCAAUUUUCAACGAAAGAACCAACUCGGUCACUGCCGAUUUCUACUCCUCGCCAAGUGCCAAUCACCGUUUUGCAUCCUACACCGAAAAAGUUGUACUUGAGCAAAACACGGCAGAGUGGACUUUUGGAAGAUCCACAACAAUCUAUCUCGCGAGCAGCUUGUCUAAACCCACGCCAACAAGAGUCGUCCCUUGCAAGGCGGGACUAUCCCCGCCAAAUCAUGAACAAGGUGGACGAUCGUGUAAGAUCGCCAAAUACGUUACGAUGUGUGACAGCUACAACGUCGCUCUCUAUUUCGCCAUUGAGUCCUGAAGAACCUGUUACGCUGGUGGAACUGACCAGCGUCCCAGGCGGGCAGAAUGCGAUGGCACAUCUCAAAAAGCGGAAGCUGGAAGCAGAGUCGAUCAGUUCGAAUCUUAAACAACCGCAACAGCAACAGCAGCAGCAACAACAAUUGCAGCAACAGCCAUUACUGACAAACAAAAAGGGCUCUCAAGCUAGCGUUUCGAAAGAAAUGGAGGUGACUGACGCGGCUGCUAAAAGAAGAAGAAAAAGUGUUCGUGAUGAUGAAAUACGCAAGUCGGUCGAUGCCGCUGAUCCAAAUAAAAAUAUAUCUUUACCCCAGAAGAAACGAGCUUUCGCUUCGGGAAAUUCGGGAAGUCCAGCUCGAAAAUCUAGUAAGCAUUGCGAGGAACCCGAAGAUGAUGAAACUCUUAUAAGAGAAACGGAAGCAGCUUUAAAGAGUUUGUCUGGAAGUUGGCCUGGGCCCAGAGGGUCCUUGUAUCAAAGAGGAAAUUCAGAGGAAGACAGGUACGAGUCUAAUUUCGAAAAUCUUUUCGAAGAGAAAAAAGAAAAUCCAAAAUUAUCGCCUUCGUCGUUGUCUACCUCGUCAACAACCAGCACGGAUGCUGGAUGUUCGUUAAAAGACGUGAUAACGCUACGCGGUCAACACGAUCGAAAUGGUAGAUCGCAACAACCGAUGAAACAAGAAUUUAUGAAACAACAGCAUCCCACGAAGGGCAAGAAAGAAUUUGAUAACUUGAUUAAAAUUGAAAACGAAUGCGCGAAUAUUCAAUGUCAGGUAAACAAUACGUGUCAAAAUGAAUCCGGUAAGAUCCGACCGGUGCCUGUACGAUCUUUAGCCGGUAAAGACAGGAGCGAAAGAAAUCUUGUGGGUACUCACGUCGAUCCCCAAGGUCGUCAAGUGGAUAAUAAAUAUUCCAGAUACGAACCACCAGACUUUAACGAAUUAGUCGACGAUUCGUCGAAUGAACUAGAAAUCGACAUGUCAGAUCCUACACCUGAUAAAGAUGAUACCACGGGAGAUAGAACGAACGAUCGUGACAGAGACAGGAUGUGUAAAAAUGCACAGUCCCCUUCCAUUAUCGGAAGACAACAACAAUCGCAUCAUCAUCAACACUACGCGGGAUAUCAAAGGCAAUACCAUGAAAAUAACAUGAAGAUCUCCCCUACAGCAACAUCCUCUAGUCCUCCAGUACCAACGAAUUCUCCAUUCUCGGCAACUUCUGCAUUCAGACCUCCUAACAACGAUCAUUCGAAAAAUACUUGUCGUAGUACACCAACGGUACCGGUUGGUGCGACACCCAUACCACCCAUCGGUCCAUAUCCAGCUUCAGCUACCUUCGUGGGCUAUCCAGCACCAGGCCCUGGUCCAACGAUGCCCACUCCACAACCUGUCCCUCCCGGUUUAUCACCGACGGAGGACAAACACUCGCCGACCGUUUCUUUGCUGCAGUUAAAGUCAUCGAAGGAGGAGUCGCAUCAUGUGUCAGUACACGAUCCUACAGCAAAUACGGUACCGAGCAGUAAAAGUCCAACAGGGCUUCCUUCAGUGACAAGUCCAGAUUCGUCGAAACAAUAUACAAUUCUUCAACCCGCGGGAGUAGGCUCUAGAGCUGCCAGUGCUAUUCAAGAUAUUACUAGAGAAGGAGUAGUCAGUGUCGCUGCAGUUAGCAAUUGUAACACCGGAAGCAGCAGUACGAAUAACAGUAGUAAUAAUAGCAACGGAACUAAUUGUAAUCGUAAUGUUACCAACAAGAAUACGAGUAACAACAAUGUGAAUAAUAAUAGUAACAAUAGUGGAACUAAUGGAAGUUCGAACAGUAACAACGUAAGCAGCAUUUCGAUCACUGCUGUUUCUACCAGCACCACCUCCAGUUCCACAACUACUGUUGAUGGUUCAUCUGGAAGUGGGACGGGACAACAAGAAAAUAUAAUGAAAAUGCCAGAAAGACCUAAUACGUUCGACGCCAACAGACCAGGAAUGUCCAUGUCUCCGUCCAGUCUCAGUAGAGAAGGCAACAAGUGUCCAACCCCAGGUUGCACGGGGCAGGGUCACGUGACCGGACUCUAUUCCCAUCACCGCAGUCUUUCUGGUUGUCCACGAAAGGAUAAACUAACACCCGAAAUUCUAGCGAUGCAUGAGACUAUUUUGAAAUGCCCGACGCCUGGUUGCAACGGCCGUGGUCAUGUCAGCUCUAAUAGGAACACACAUAGAAGCCUCUCCGGGUGUCCCAUAGCUGCGGCAAAUAAGCAGGCCGCACGCGAAGCACGACACAAGGCACAAGUGUCAGGAAUACCUCCAGAAUAUAUCAGCACAAAUCUACUGCCACCAUCAAUGGACAGCAAGUCCUAUUCGCAGUACUCGUCCGCGGGUCAAGAUACAAAGCCAGUGAUAAGUUCCUUGACUUAUGACUACUAUGCCUCGACGAAAAGCACAGGGAUAAAUGUGAAGCCUCCGAAAACGUCGGAGGAAAGUCCACCUUCUCGUCCAAGCAAGGUAGUUCCUAAAACCGAGAACAUGACCGCAAGUGGUAGUUGCUGCAAUCCUUUACCAAGUAGAGGUCAAAAUACAUCGGACCUGUUGGUACCUAAAACGGAAGAUACUGUAUCGUGCCGUGUGAAUUCGCCACCACCGCCUCCUCCACCAACAGUUCGACCUACAUACGACUCUUAUAUGAAUCAAGACUCAAAUUCCUCUUCACUUUCAUCAAUGGAUGCGAUGGGGUCAAGGGGUACCAUAGGAGGAAGUAUACAUCACCCUAAUCAGCAUCCAACACAUCAUGUUUUGCCAAUGCAACCGACCGUUGCUUAUCCCAUGCCAAUGGUCGAAGACACGAGAAUGAGUCAUCAAAUGUCACAAAGAUCACCGUACGAGUCUACAGCAAUGAUGGCUGCUGCUGCAGCCGCUGCAGCUGCUGCUACUACUAGCGAAGAACUUUAUCAUCACAGAUCUGCCGAACACGCGAGAGCUUAUAUGCAUCCGGGAGCAACCAAUAUCGCACGACCCGUAGUUACAUAUUCGAAUGAGAUCGCCGCUGCGAGAGGUUACGAAAAUGCAAUAGCCAACGCUGCUAAUCAUCGACCAUACGAUCCAGGUACCACGUCAGCAUACGAAAGAUACGAUGCACAAACUUGUGCUCCAAUCCAAGCUCAACAGCAGCAGCAGCAGCAACAACAGCAGCAGCAGCAACAACAACAACAACAACAACAACAACAACAGCAACAACAACAGCUGCAUUCAAGAUCGAAUAUGUAUUACUUAGGACAGACCGGCAUGACGCCCGAAGAACAGGAACGCGUUUAUCAUCAAGAAGCUGCAGCAGCCGCACAACAACAUCAAAUGGUUAUGGCUGCAGCUACAGCAGCAGGCAUGAUGAAAACAGAGGAUGUAAAAUGCGUGACAGUAGCACAAGUUCAACAAAUGCAAAAACCUGGUGGUCCGCCAACUUCUCCGGGUGGUUCAGUAAUGGAUCUAUCCACGUCGAGUGUUACUUCGACCAGUCCACAGGCUCCUCCUUAUGGAUCAAGCAGCCUCAGUCCUCAAUAUGGAGGAGGUCAAACUGUCGGAGGUAGCCCACAAGCUGCUGCGAGUCCUCACUUGACUGCUAGUCCUCAAGUCCCUAGUCCUCAAGGCCAAACAUUGGAUCUUAGCGUGAAUAGACUUCAUAGUGGUGCACCAAGUCCUCAAUACUCCACGGGUCAUGGAGAAGCCGUGGCGGUUCCAGUAGGUCCAGGUUUUCCGGCACCACGACCAAUCGAGGAACAGACCGAACCCGUGGACUUCUCUACGGCGAACGAACCAGUCAACUUCAGCGGGGGUCCAGGAAUCAGGCCUGUCCCAGGAUUCCCACCACCCGGUGUGCACGUUGCUGCAUAUAGUCGUGAAAGUACCCCCGACAGUGGAGGUUCCCACUACAUGGACGCCUACCGAGAUCCUACUGGAUAUGGACCCAUGAGCCCACAUCCAGGUUACGGUAUGGCUGGUGUACAACCAGAGUAUCCUGGAAAUACCUAUACUCCCUACCCCACCGCUGGUUACAAUUGUGGUGGAACCUACCCUGCAGGUCCAGUUACCUCCGGAUACCAAAUUCCAGCAGGUUAUACCCCAGCACCGUGCUACAGUAUGCCGCCGCCACAGCAUACCGUCGGACCUCUCGAUAAACCAUCUGGUAAAGAUGACAGUAUGAAUAUAAGGAGGCACACGUUGAAUUUUGCACCUCGGCCCGCCCCUCGUGGCCGCGACGGCAAGGAGCUGAUACAGUGCCCCACGUCGUCCUGUGAUGGCAUGGGUCAUGUCUCGGGGAACUACGCUACCCACAGAAGCCUCUCUGGUUGUCCGCGAGCCGAUCGUUCUCAAAUUCAAGCGCACUCUCAAGAGCUAAAGUGUCCCACGCCAGGAUGUGACGGGUCUGGACACGUCACAGGAAACUAUUCGUCUCACAGAAGUUUGUCCGGCUGUCCACGAGCUAAUAAGCCGAAAAGCAAACCCAGGGAUGGGCAGGAUUCUGAACCAUUGAGAUGUCCUAUCCCAGGUUGCGACGGAUCUGGCCAUGCUACUGGCAAAUUCUUGUCACAUCGCAGUGCAUCCGGAUGUCCGAUUGCAAAUAGAAACAAAAUGCGAGUGUUGGAGUCCGGUGGAACAGUCGAACAACACAAAGCAGCAAUUGCAGCGACGACAGCGAUGAAAUUCGAAGGUGUCAAUUGUCCUACUCCCGGCUGCGACGGUAUCGGUCACAUAAAUGGUUCUUUCUCCACGCAUAGAUCUCUCUCGGGUUGUCCUAUAGCCGGACAUGCUGUCAAGAAGCCGAAGUUCGAGGAUAUGUCCAGCAUGUACAGCAAAGGAAUCCCCGGGGUGGACGCCGGUGGUCCGGCUCACGGGGGUGCGGUGGGCGCGGGUCAGGGUAACACGAGCGGUGGUGGGUCCACGAGUGCCCAGGGCGAGGACCUCUAUACACUGGAGGCUGAAAUCACAGAACUCCAGAGGGAGAACGCUCGGGUUGAGUCGCAAGUACUGCGCCUGCGUUCCGACAUCACCGCCAUGGAGAAUCAAUUGAAGCAGGGCGAGAAGGAAACAACGGCGAUAGCUACACGAAACAAUAAUCUGACGGAGUACUAUCAGUCGUUACGCGAUAACAUGAUAACGUUGCUGGAACACGUACGAAUACCCAACGCCCCAGGUGGACCGCAAGAGAAAAUGGGCCAUGAGAAUUUUGAUAGUUAUUUGACAAAACUGCAAACUCUGUGCACCGCCGACGGCUAUUGUGCCGACGAAACCAAUCGACCGAUCUACGAAACGGUGAAAACUGCUCUACAAGAUUUCACGGUCCUGCCGACACCCAUCUGAGACCAUCCCUAAAGUUCAACGAUCGAGUACAGUGUCGCUCGAACGUCUUUGAUAAAGUGAUUAACGAUAAUGCCCAAUUGAUUUUACCUAUCUGCAGGUAAAGUUCGUGUACACUGUGAAAAUGAACUUUGCAUUAUCGACUAACCUGGCAAUUAUGUUAAAAUUAAUUAAAGAGUUAAAAAAUACUUUCUCUUAAUCGCAUAAUGAUUCGAGUCAGGUAAAUAAAUUCGUUCAAAAUCGUCGAAAAUUAUUCGAGAAUAUUUGAAAAAGUAAUAGACGAUUUCAUUAAACGUCUCGAUUGUAUUCAAUGAAAUGUGUCAGGUGUCAGAACAAGUUAAUUAUAAAGAUUAAGGAUGUCUAAUUUCGCGUAUAGCGAUAUCUUUUGUACAUACGAAAAUUAGUGUCGCGUAAUUCUUAAAGUCAUCGAUGAUAACUACAUUAGCACUUUGUAAAUACACGAAGGAAAGGAAAAGCAUUUAUAUUAUUCAAUAUGUUGUGGUUACUUCCUUAAGGCAUGUAAAAAAGGGACUAGCUUAGAUGUAUAUCAGAUCUCAUUAAUAUUACUAUUGUAUAACUGUUAUUACAUAAUUAAUUAGCAUUAAAAUUAUCACAGAAGCCAAUAUAUCCGAGAUGCCGCUAACGCUGCUUCAGAUAAGUCAAAGACUACUUAUAAAUGAUUAUUAUUGGCGACUAACUUAUUGCUAAUUAAUACUAUUAAUAUUAUAGUCAUCGUUAUUACCACCAAAAACAUUUCUAGUGCUACUCCAAUAGUCAUUAUUGCAACUACUACUCUUGCUACUGUCGAUAGUAUAUCGCUAUGAAUAUACCAAAAAAAAAAAAAAAAAAAAUACAUUUAUAAUGUCAACGACUUUACGAGAGGAGGAAGUGCGAAAGAGAAAAUUCAUGUCCAUAUGCUGUACAUAAUUACAGAGUAAUACGAUUAUUAUAAGGACGUUCUUCAAGAAUCGCUAAAGUGUGAAAGGUACGACGAACAACGACAAGUUGAGAAGAAUGCGAGAUCUGUUACGGUCCAUACGUAGCCAACGUGAUUAGACGGAUGUCAAUCUUAAACAAGGUGUAUUAUCGAAUUUAUAAAAUAUACGGGCGAUUCAAAAAUACACAAGGUUCUAAAAAAGCCGAUCGGCCAUCGAUUGCAUUAGAUUAAAAUGUGAUUUGAUCCGACUAGAUCGUUCAUACGUGCAAUAAUUUUAGGAUGCAUCGCAUUCGAAUUCUCUCCAUAAAAAUCAACUGUGUACCAUCGCGGUGAUAUACAUAUAUAUUGGCAUAGAUUGUUAAUGUUCGGUUAAUUUGUUCACGUUUUUCUUUGUUAUUAUACAUUCAUGUUCGUUUUAUUGCUAAAGACGCGAAGAGCAUUUGUAAAUAUUGAGCAUUCACGAGCAACGGUAGGUGACAGAACUUUCGAUCCCUCCUUUGACAUCAGCUACGAAUAUAAAAAGUUUCAAAGUACGAAAAUUCUUAACUAUUUGUCGGUGGUAUACCGAAGAUGCGAACAAACGUCGGAAGAAUGUAUUUAAACCAAAGGAUAUCUAAUCAGAGGAUAAGAAUAAAUCAAAAUAGAUGUGUGAGUGAAAAUGAAGAUUAAUCGAAAAUUUGUCGAUCUUUCGUUAUCGUUAAUAUUAUUAUUUUGUCAUCAUCGUCGACCUGCUUUUAGCUCACCGUAGAAAGAAAUGGAAAAGCAUAAAAACGAAUAAUUAGAGAAGAAUCCUCCUACGAAAAUUGUUACCUACUGUUACCUUUCCUCUUCGCGUUGUCAGAAUAUAACGAUUUUAUGAUUGUACUUAUAAUUAUUAUUAUUAUUAUUAUUAUUAUUAUUAACUCUUUGUCAUUGUCAUUAAGAUUAUCAUCUCAUUAUCGCUGUCGUUACGUUCUCUUCAUUAUUACGAUUACUAUUGUUGCCGUUGAUGAAGUUCUACUGAUAUAUUAGUUCAAUAACGUGCUUUAAGUAAGUAUAAAUGUUACUCCGAUUGAAUAAAGGGUAUUUAUCGAUGAA